AUGGAUAAAGAGAUGAACAUCGAUAAUGACAUACUUAUUGCGCUAGUGGAAGCAAGACCAGUUUUAUGGGAUAAAAGUUUGGCCAUAUUUAAGAUACUAGAUACUAGAGAAGCAUGGAGCCAAGUUUGCUGCGAACUGAAUGAGGAUUUUAAAGAAAUGGAGUCCAAAGAAAAAAUGAAUCUAGAACUUUCGCUUAAUUCUCCGACGCUUUAUUAUGCUGGUACAGUAACCACAUUGCAACAACUCGUUGGGGUAUCAUUAAAAAUAAUAUUGUAA